CUCCUCCAUCUGCGCUUCGAUCUCUCUCUCUCUCAGAUUCCCUUAUCUAGUCGAUUACUUUCUCUGAGAUAAAAGCUUUAUUAUCUCAAUAAUGCCGAUAAUGGGUUUUUGCUGGCGUGGAAUUGCAGUAUCAUGUUGACGGAAGCUCCAUUUAGGCCAAGAGAGAAGCUUCUGGAGAAGCAGAGGCUGUUCCAGAGCAUCCAGAGGCACACUUACCUUAAAGGACCAAUGGACAAGGUCACCUCCGUUGCCAUUCCUCUUGCCUUGGCUGCAUCUUCUCUCUACAUGAUUGGAACAGGAAUCUACAACAUGUCCAACGGGAUCGGGAAGAAGGAAUAAGCAAUCAGCUUCUUCCUUUUUUUAUUUUUUUCCUUUUUAAUGCUUUUGGAGGGUUCUCUUCUUCUCUGUGUUUUGCAAAAUAAUAAUUUGCUUAGACGCAAGACAAUGUCGAAAGCUGAAACAUGUUUGAUGUGAAAAAGUUGCAAUGUUAUUUGUUAAUGACAAGUUGAAUUCUUUUCUUCCCCA